UCUUGUAACUAGUUUCAUCCCUUUGAAGAAUGGCUUCUUCAAAUCGAGAUUGGGCAUGGCUUCCAAUAAACCUCCUCUACUCUAUUGCAGAGAAAAUUGUUAAGUUCUCGGACUACAAACAUUUCAGCGCCGUCUGUCAACGAUGGCGUCACCAUGCCCUCGAGCUGGCCACUGACGAUUACAAGCAGAGAUUACACAUCCUCAAAACAUGUCAUAAUAAACUUCCUAUGUUGAUGAUAGACACGAAAGAAAACCACGAAUCAGAUGAGCGAUGUUUGUUUAGUGUUACUGAGGGAAUUACAUACAGGGUGCAAUUGCCACUGCCUUGUAAUAAGAGGUUUCUUGGAUCCUCCUUUGGAUGGUUAUUUACUGUGGAGGACAAAACCAUGGUCAUAAUCCUCUUGAACCCUUUUAGCGGUGGGGCUAUUCCCCUCCCGCCUUUAAAAGAUCCGCAUGGUGACUAUGAAGAUUACAUCAACGAUGAUCCUGAACAUUUUGUAACGAAGGUAGUCCUAUCGUCUGAUCCUUUUCUUAGCCCAAACAAUUAUGAGGUUGUGGUUAUCUAUGGUCCUAUGCAUCGGUUGGCAAUAUUAGAAUCCGGGAAAGAUUCAUGGAAUUUUGUUGACAGGGCGCCAUUUGUAUAUUCUGAUGUUAUUUACUAUCCUGAAGGUCAAGGUCGAGGACUUUAUGCCGUCAACUAUUGGCGUGAACUAGUGAAAAUUGACAUGGGUAGUAGUACAAAAGAAGUUUUGACAAAGAGAACUGCUGCUGAUGCCCAGGUCACUUAUCUUGUUCAAUCACAAGAGGGUGAUCUACUUUUGGUGGAAAGGUUUUGGCUAAAACCUGAUUGUGAAAUCUGGAAAACUUGGAGAUUCAUGGUUUUUAAGUUGCUACGCUCCAUUGGGGAGACAGGCGCUACUACAUGGGUACCAAUUAAGAGCUUAGGCAGUCAAGCCUUAUUUCUGGGCGACAAUCAUUCUGUUUGUGUUUCAACAUUAGAGUUUCCCGAGUGCCUACCCAACUGCAUAUACUACACGGCACAAUAUCACAUCGAUGUUCCACCAUAUGUUUGUCAGGGGAUCGAUGAGGACUCGGGCAUCUUCAGUUUAGAAGAAGGAAGCUUUCAAUCGCACUACCUGUCGGAUCCUUUAAACAUGAAUGUUCUGCCUCCAAUCUGGUUUGUGCCAAAUAUGAAAGGAACUUAGUUCUGUCAUCUAUAUUCAUGGAGUAGUGGUCUGAUAUCUUAAGUUUAAGGGUUAAGGUAGAAGAACAUCUUUCUUCUAAGAGCUUGCUCUCCAAUUAACGAUUGGAUCU